GGUGUUCGUGAGCCGUACUUUGGUUCCAUUUCGGACAUCACGUCGUUAUUACACUUCCCAUCUACCAAUCAAAGUACAUGGGUUCUGUUCUCAAACACACGCCUAUGCUCUUCCUACCUCACCAUGCCCCCGAUGCCAUCAUCAGAGGAGCCAUGAGGAGGCUAGGUGGCUCGGUUCCAAUGCGCUGCCGAGGGAAAUGGGCUGCUGGGGCGGCUCCUAUUUCUGUCGUCCUCGAGCCAUCAAGUGAUGGUCUGCUCUACGACACCCCAAGCUUUGCUUGUUUAGGGACCAUCUUCCUCACCACUCGCAAAGGGUUCAUGAUUAUACCGACAUAGACAGGCCCGCGAGGCCCAACUAUUCUCUUCGUUCACCUGGCGUGUCGUUUUAGCCAUCAUACCAAUAUUAAUUAUCCUCGUAUGCUUUGCGACUGGAUUCGCCGGCACGGAGGUACAGUGAUCGAGUUCCAGCAUGUCAUCACCUAAUCUUCCUUCAUCAGCAAGGUCGUUCAUUUUCACAACCACCGGAGGCAAGCGAUGUACAGCAAUACUCAAAGCUGUCCAAUUCAGCAAUGUUCGAACAGCAACAGGUCGCGAUUCUCGGUUGCCGGCAACGACAACGAGGUCGACGACGACAACAACGACAGAAGCGACAACAAGGGAUGAGACUACGGUGCCAGUCAACACCAGUGCGAGCCCGCCUCCGCCGCUCAAAGACAGUAUAUUUCCCAGUUCAACAAGUACGACGAGCAUAUUGACCACAAUACCUACCCCAACUGUCACGAGCACCUCUUCGUCUUUGCUCCCAACAUCAUCACCGGAAGCCGAGCAAUAUUCUGUGAGCAAUGAGACUGAGACUUCAGCGGAGACAAGCAUCGUGACAGAAACAGCGUCAGAAAUAUUCCCUGAUGAUGCGGUAGUAACGCCUUUUGCUAGCACAGGCGCAAACCUCCAGCCAUCCUCAACCAGCAAUGUAGUACAGGCCACGGAAAACCCAACUUCAUUCCCCACCAUAAGUUCAGUUCCAAGCGCUCAUAACAGCGAAGCCGCGAAGGUGGCUGGAGGUGUGCUCAGUGGUCUUGUGGUCCUCAGUCUCAUCGGACUCUUCUUGUGGCUGUGGCGACGACGGAGAUUGCAGAAGAGAAGGAGCACUCUUUUGACACCUCUGGGUACUGGUCCUGGCACAGACCCAAAUGAGAAGACGCCUUAUAUCAUCAGUCGACGCAGCAUUGGCCCAACACCGGGGCUCGUGAAGGCAAAGGCCGCCCUAGGUUACAAGGUCGAAAGGAUCCGAGAGCGCAUCAGUCAAGCCUUUUCCGAACCUAGCAUCCUGCUAUCGCCUUUGAAACGGGGCCCUCGAUUUGAGGAACUCAGCACACACAGUCGGAACCCAUCGCUAGCUUUCACCGACAAGGCGAAAGGAACGGGGUCGGUCAAAGGCAGCAUGUCGAAUUGGUGGUCUCGAAUGGCAUCCCACAUGCGUAUCAGCAAAUGGCUACGCAACAUGCGCAACGAUGAGGUUGUGCGAAACAGACAUUUUGACGCGGAAAACACAAGUGAACGGAAGGCCAGACUCAGGUACCAACCCGACUUUCUAACGUUGAUAGCCAUGGACGAUGGUGAUCUCGGCCGAGAAGCGCAAGGCCAAGGGCAGCAACAUCUGAGCGUCGCGCCCCAGGACAGUGGUAGUGGAAGCAGAGACAAAGUGCCAACAGCACGGCCACUGUACCUCGACGAGGGCGACAACCCCUUCAGAGACAACAACUUGCUCACCCAUAUAUCAGCCAUACCAGCGCCCCUUGCCGCCGGUCUUGGCCGUUCCGACAACCCUGCCAGCGACCCUCCUUAUCCUGUUCGAAACCUUCACAAUGACGCCACCACCACAAUCUCCAAACCGCCGACAGCGACCAACUACGGCAUCGAGGACCGCCGCCGACAACCACGCGGUCAUCCAAUCAGUAUUUCUGCUAGCACGACGGCAAAUGGAAACCCAAGUCGACAACCCAGCACCCGCACCUACCGCGAAAGCAUCGACUCGUUCACCACCCAUCGCAAUAAAUUCCGGUCAGACCCUUUUGACUUGGAGCGCCCUGAGCUUCUGGGCGGUGUCCCGCAAGUCGUGGCAAGCCAAGGGACGCUAUCAGCAGUGACAGGCCCUAGACAUCCACCCAGUGCUCAUACCCGCCAGGAGAGCUUGGGCGGCUCAAUGAGGUACUCGUAUUCGAGCGGUGUCGUGAGUUUGGAUGAGUGGAGUGAUCCGGGGCCGGAUGUAGGUUAUAAGUCUGCCGGGUCUGGGGAUACUAGAGGUUAUGGGAGGGUGAGGGGUGCAAGUGUGAGUGUUGGAAGGGAUUGAGGGCAAAACAUUUUGGGACGGGCAAUUUAAAAGAUUUGGUUAGUUAGCAUUGUAGUGAAUUACAAGUGGUCUUGGUGUCCUGAACGUAGGUAUCAUAUAAUAUAUAUAUAUGCUGUCUUUGA